AUGUCAUCUACCAGGACCAGAGUCUCAUUAGAGACUCAGUACUCAGGAUUUUAUGGAGGUUACUCUCCUUCACAUGUACCAGAAUUCCAGACUCCCAGAGGAAAAGCAGCUGUUCAGAGAGUUACACUGUUUGUGAUAUGGUGUAUGACCUGGUCAAUCUUAGGCUCUGAAGCUCUCCCUGGUGAAAAUUUAUUUGGAUUGUUAAUUAUUUUUUAUAGUGUCAUUAGUGGGGGAAAUUUACAACUCAUUAGAAUACCUUUGGUGCCUCCACUUCCACCUCUUCUUAGGAUGUUACUGGCUGGUUUUACAAUUAGGAAUGUUCCAUUCAUCAAUGAACAUGUCCAUGUUCCUAACGCAUGGUCUUCAAUUUUAAGAAGCAUUGCCCUUAACAUUAUUCUAAUACGAGCUGGGCUUGGGCUCGAUCCACAGGCUUUGAGGCAUUUGAAGGUGGUUUGUUUCAGAUUGGCUGUAGGUCCAUGCCUUAUGGAGGCAAGUGCAGCUGCUGUUUUUUCCCAAUUCAUUAUGAAAUUUCCCUGGCAAUGGGCAAUUCUAUUAGGUUUUGUUCUAGGUGCUGUCUCUCCUGCUGUUGUUGUCCUUUACACGAUGGUGUUGCAAGAAAAUGGAUAUGGUGUUGAGGAAGACAUUCCAACCUUACUAAUGGCUGCUAGCAGUAUGGAUGACAUUCUGGCUAUCACUGGAUUCAAUACAUGCUUGAGCAUAGUCUUCUCCUCGGGUGGUAUGCUUAAUAACGCCAUAGCCUCUAUAAGGAACGUAUGUAUUAGUCUGCUGGCAGGAAUUGUUUUGGGAUUUUUUGUUCGAUAUUUUCCAAGUGAAGACCAGAAAAAACUUACAUUGAAGAGAGGAUUCCUUGUUUUGACUACGUGUGUUUCUGCUGUCUUAGGCAGCCAACGUAUUGGUGUACAUGGAUCUGGAGGAUUAUGCACACUAGUGUUUAGUUUCAUUGCAGGGACAAAAUGGUCCCAAGAAAAGAUGAAAGUCCAAAAGAUUAUUACAAAUGUAUGGGAUAUUUUUCAACCACUUCUUUUUGGUUUAGUUGGAGCAGAAGUAUCUGUUUCAUUGCUUGAAUCAAAUAUUGUUGGCAUAUCUGUUGCCACUCUGAGUUUGGCAUUAUGUGUUCAAAUUUUAACCACAUAUCUAUUGAUGUGCUUUGCUGGUUUUAGUUUUAAGGAGAAAAUAUUUAUUGCUUUAGCAUGGAUGCCCAAAGCUACAGUACAGUUUCGAGUUACUGAUAAAAAUUAG